AUGGGGGCCCUCCAUCCUGGGCUGGGGGGCGUGAGAGUCGGGGGGCUGCUGCUGGGCCUCUUGGGGCUGGUGUCGGGGCUUAGCCUGGAACCUGUCUACUGGAACUCGGCGAAUAAGAGGUUCCAAGCAGAAGGUGGCUAUGUGCUCUACCCCCAGAUUGGGGACCGACUGGACCUGUUAUGCCCUCGGGCCCGGCCCCCUGGCCCACACUCAUCCCCAGACUAUGAAUUCUACAAGUUGUACCUGGUUGGAGGAGCCCAGGGCCGUCGCUGUGAGGCCCCUCCUUCCCCUAACCUGCUCCUGACCUGUGACCGACCUGAUGUUGAUCUCCGAUUCACCAUUAAGUUCCAGGAGUACAGCCCCAACCUAUGGGGACAUGAGUUCCGUUCACACCAUGACUACUACAUUAUUGCCACAUCAGAUGGGACCCGAGAAGGCCUGGAGAGUCUUCAGGGUGGUGUCUGCCUGACCAGGGGGAUGAGGGUACUUCUCCGUGUGGGACAGAGUCCACGAGGAGGGACAGCUCCUCGAAAACCUGUCUCUCAAAUGCCAAUAGAGAAGGACCGAGGUGCAGCACACCGCCUGGACCCCAGCAAAGAGAAUAUGUCAGGUGAUUCCUCCAGUAAUGCAACUUCCCGGGGUACAGAGGGCCCUCUUCCUCCCCCUAGCAUACCAGCAGUGGCUGGGGCAGCUGGGGGACUAGCCCUGCUCCUCCUGGGUGUGGCAGGGGCAGGUGGUGCCAUGUGUUGGCGAAGACGGCGGGCCAAGCCUUCAGAGAGCCGACAUCCUGGGCCAGGCUCUCUGGGAAGGGGAGGAUCUGUGGGUCUUGGGGGUGGGGGAGCAGGAGGAGUAGGUCACCGAGAUACUGAGCCUGGAGAGUUGGGGAUCCCUCUGAGGGGUAGUGGGGCUACAGAUCCCCCCUUCUGUCCCCACUAUGAGAAGGUGAGUGGUGACUAUGGACACCCUGUAUACAUCGUGCAAGAUGGGCCCCCUCAGAGCCCUCCAAACAUCUACUACAAGGUGUGAGAGCCCCCGUACACACUCACACAAGCUGGGUUUCCCAGAGACAUCCCAGGGAUGCCCUGCAGUCUCCAUUGUGGUUUGAGGGAAUUCCUUCUUCCCCAGUACUUUCUCUUGGAACCCUGAUCUGCUGCCCCUUCAUUCUUCUGACCAUCUCCCUAAAAGUUUCCAGGAUCCUUUACAAGACCCACCCAUCAAGUUCUCCCUCAACCCCACCCC